GCUCCACAGCAGAGGACAGAGGCAGGAACGGCAGUGAACAGCAGCAGCACCAGAGAGCAUGGAGGAGCAAGACUCUAUCAUUCACCUGGACCUCUACCCUUCUCACUGACAACCCUCCUCUGGGAGUACCCCGUGACGAGUGGAGUAGAGAAGAGAAGAGGAGGGAGAUAGAGGACAAGGAGAGGACUCUCUCGAUCUGCCCUUCAGGAGAGGAAGCACCAGUCCCUUACUCUAGUGGGACAAAUCACACACUUCUUUUUUUUUGUUGCCUGUCGUACCUGUGUAAGUCUUGGGCUAUCUUUAAUCUGCAGUCACCCUCUUGACUGUGUGGACUUACGUUGACCCUGGAGAGGACCAUGGGGCUAGGGUGGAGGUGGAGGGGUGCAGGAGGGACCCCCAGCAUAAGGACAGGGGGAAGCACCUUCCUCUGGGUGACAGUACUUCUGUUCUGUGGUACCUGGAGGGCUAACACACAGAUGGUAGAGGACACCAAGUCUGUGUACUUCUGGGAAACAGGGCCAUGGGGCAGAUGUAUGGGCAGUGACUGUGGCCCAGGUGGCAGCCAGAGUCGGGCUGUGUGGUGUGCCCACGUGGACGGCUGGACCACCCUCCACACCAACUGUGACCAGUCCCAGCGGCCUUCCAACCAGCAGAACUGCUUCCGUGUGUGCGACUGGCACAAGGACCUUUACGACUGGAAACUCGGUGCCUGGAACCAGUGUGUGUCCGUGUCAACAAGAACCUUUGGGGGCAUGCGGCCAUAUGUAUGCAAUGGGGGUGAGGAGGGCAUUCAGACCCGGGAGGUGGGCUGCGUACUAAAGUCAGACGAAUCUCUCGGAGACGACACCAUCUGUGAGUACUUUGAGCCCAAGCCUCGGCUAGAGCAGGCCUGCCUCAUCCCCUGCCCUCAGGACUGUGUAGUGUCUGAAUUCACCCCCUGGACGUCCUGCUCAAAAACCUGUGGAACCGGCCUAAAGAACCGGGUGCGCAGUGUCCUGGUGCCUCCACUCUUCGGGGGUUCAGCCUGCCCAAACCUAACCGAGUUCCACACCUGUAAGCCAGGGCCUUGUAAGGGGCCUGAGGGGGUGUACAGCCUCAGGGUGGGGUCCUGGAUGCCCUGUUCUCUCCCCAUUUCCCGGCCGGUGCGGCAGGCCAAGCAUAGGAAGGGUAAAGGGGGGGCCAGGGAGAGGCCUGGGGUCAAAGACCCUGAUACUAGGGAGCUGAUCCAGAAGAAACGGACCAGAAACCGGCUCAACAGGCAGGAGAGCCCCUUCUGGGACAUCCAGGUGGGAUACCAGAGUCGCACGGUGUCCUGUGCACACAGGAACGGGAGCACGGUGGGACUCAGUCUGUGUCUACCCUGGGACCUCCCUCUGACGGUCCAGUCCUGCAUCCUCGCUAAGGACUGUAAGCUGAGCGAGUGGGCAGACUGGGGCCCCUGCUCCAAGGCCUGUCUAGACCCAGACCCUGAGUCCCCCAGGGGCCAACGCUCCAGGACCAGACGAGUGCACCAGUUCUCCGUGGGGGAGGGGGAGGACUGCCCACCGCUGGAGGAGACGGAGCCAUGUGACCCCCAGGGGGAUGGAGUACUGCCCUGCGCCACUUACACCUGGAGGACUACAGAGUGGAGCGACUGUAGAGUGGACUCGUUGCUAAGCCAACAGGACCGUCGGCGUAGCAACCAGACCGGCCUGUGUGGGGGAGGGCUCCAGAAUCGAGAGGUGUACUGUGUCCAGGCCAACGCCGAACUACUGACCUACCUCAACAACCUCAAAGACAAAGAUGAGGGUCAGACCUCAAACCAGCAGAAGCCUAGUGUUCCCCCUCUUCUAUCCAUCAGCUUUGAAGUUACAGCAUCCCGUCCUGUGGACAGCAAGCUGUGCGGGGGUCCCGUCCCCAACACGUCCCAGUUGUGUCACAUCCUCUGUCCCAUCGAGUGUGAAGUGUCCCCAUGGGGGGCCUGGGGACCCUGCACCUAUGAAAACUGUGCCGUCCAAGAAGGGAAGAAAGGUUUUAAACUGAGGAAACGGGAGAUCAGCAAUGAGCCAACAGGUGGACCAGGGAACUGUCCUCACCUGGUGGAGGCUGUCCCAUGUGACGAACCCAGCUGCUGGGACUGGCGCCUGGUCAGACUGGAUGAGUGUAUCCCGGACGGGGAGCUGCCGUGUGGCCCCGGGACACAGAUACCUCAGGUCCAGUGUGUCAACAGCACUGGUGACAUGGUGGACAAGGAGCUGUGUGGGGGAGCCUCUACCCCUGAGCCCAUCGCCUGUGAUGUGCCUUGCCCUAAGAACUGUGUCCUCAGCGACUGGACCUCCUGGUCCUCCUGCUCCCAAACCUGUUCCAGCAAAACCAUCGAGGGCAAGCAGCUGAGAACCCGCUCCAUACUGGCCUACAACGCUGGCGAAGUAACUGCAAUGGUCGUGGCAUGGAUCACAGUGAUGGAGGGUUUUUCAAGGGUGCCAACAUUUCCAAAGCUUUUUGGUGGUGGCGUGUGCCCCAACAGCAGUUCCCUGCAGGAGGUGCGUAACUGCAACGAGCAUGCAUGUACGGUGUACCACUGGCAGACUGGCCCCUGGGGCCCCUGUACUGAAGACCCCUCAUCCUCAGCCCUCAACACCACAACUGGCCCCAGGUCUGCUGCCGGCCCCAACAGCAGUGGACAGGGACCCUGCUCCCGGGGCAUGCAGACACGCAAGGUCAUCUGUGUCCGGGUCAACGUAGGACAGGUGCCACCCAAGAAAUGUCCUGAGAGUCCUCGUCCAGGUACAGUGCGACCCUGUCGAAUGCCCUGUAAGAGGGACUGCAUCGUCACCCCCUUCAGCGACUGGUCCCAGUGCUCUCCCACCUGUGAUGCAGCUGGUAACAUUCAGAAGACGAAGCAGUCAAGAAACCGCGUCAUCCUCCAGCUGCCAGCCAACGGGGGCCAAGACUGUCCUGAGGUGCUGGAGGAGGAGAAGGACUGCGAGGCUCCUAAAGUCUGCCCUGGUUACAGGUGGAAGUCACACAAAUGGAGAAGGUGUCAAUUGGUACCAUGGAACAUCAGGGAGGACAGCCCAGGGGCUCAGGAGACAUGUGGACCAGGUCUUCAAACAAGAGCCGUGUCCUGUCGCCAGCUGGACGGAGUGCAGGCAGACAUUGGAGAGUGUCUGAAGUUUGCCAACACCAUGCCCUCCAUCACUCAGCGGUGCCAGCUUCCAUGCCAGGACGAUUGCCAGCUCACCAACUGGUCCAAGUUCUCGUCCUGCACAGCUGACUGUGUGGGGGUCCGAACAAGGAAGAGGUUACUUGUAGGGAGAAGCAAGAAGAAGGACAAGUGUAAGAACACCCAGAUGUACCCUCUGAGCGAGACCCAGUACUGCCCGUGUGACAAGUACAACGCCCAGCCCGUGGGCAACUGGUCCGACUGCAUCCUGGCCGUGGGAGACCGGGUGGAGAGCCUGCUGGGCAUGAAGGUCCAGGGGAACAUCAAGGAGUGUGGCCAGGGUUACCGCUACCAGGCCAUGGUGUGUUACGACCAGGACAACAGACUGGUGGAGACCUCACGAUGCAACAGCCACGGCUACAUUGAGGAGGCAUGCAUCAUCCCCUGUCCGUCAGACUGUAAGCUCAGCGAGUGGUCCAACUGGUCCCGCUGCAGCAAGUCAUGUGGUAGUGGGGUCAAAGUGCGUUCCAAGUGGCUCCGGGAGAAACCCUACAACGGAGGGCGACCCUGCCCCAAACUGGACCACAUCAACCAGGCCCAGGUGUAUGAGGUUGUGCCAUGUAUUAGUGACUGUAGUCAGUAUGUGUGGGUGGCUGAACCCUGGAGUGUAUGGAAGGUCAGCAACUUGGACCUGAAGGAGAACUGUGGAGAGGGAGUCCAGACCCGCAAAGUCAGGUGUAUGUUGAACACUAUUGACGGUCCAUCUGAGUCUGUGGAGGACUACCUGUGUGACCCGGAGGACAUGCCCUUGGGGACGCGGGGAAGCCGGCUGCCCUGCCCCGAGGACUGUGUCCUCUCUGACUGGAGCAGCUGGAACCGCUGCAGCCUGCCAUGCAGCUACAACAACAGCAGGAAACGGACAGCCUACGCCAUCCGGUCACCUGGAGAAGGGAGACAAUGUCCGGACACCACAGAGAAGGAGCCAUGUAGUCUGAACCUGAACUGCUUUCACUAUUUCUACAACAUCACAGACUGGAGCACAUGUCAGCUAAGUGCCAAUGCUGUGUGUGGGAACGGCAUCAAGACGCGGAUGCUGGACUGUGUACGCAGCGACGGCAAGUCUGUCGACCUCAAGUUCUGUAAGGAGCUGAGCCUGGAGAGGAAGUGGCAAAUGAACAUUUCCUGUGUGGUGGAGUGUCCCGUCAACUGCCAGCUGUCUGAUUGGUCGGCCUGGUCAGAAUGCUCGCACACGUGUGGACUGGAUGGGAGGAUGUGGCGUAGCAGGGGGGUGGUGCAGGGGUCCCAGGGAGAUGGGCGUCCCUGUCCCUCUCAGCUGGAGCAGUGGAAACCUUGUCCUGUCAGACCCUGUUACAGGUGGCAGUACAGUCCCUGGUCUGAGUGCAGGGUGGAGGAGGUGGUAUGUGGAGCGGGACUUCGCUACCGGAACCUGACGUGCUUCGUGUCAGACGGCUCAGGAGAAGGAGAGGCCAGCAUGGUGGAGGAGGAGUUGUGUGGGGGUCUGGAGCUGGCUGUCAACAGAGACAAGCUGAUCAUACUGAAGGAGACCUGUGUUCUGCCCUGUCCAGGUGAAUGCUACCUGAUGGAGUGGUCUGACUGGAGCCCGUGUCUGAGUGUGUGUGCUAAAGGGGCCGGCGUGGACUUUGGCUCUGUCCAGGUGCGCUCGCGAGCCGUCAUGGCCCAGGAGCCCGAGAAUGUCCAGCUGUGUCCUGACCAGGAUUGGGAGUCCCGACCUUGCACUGAUGGGGAGUGUUUUGAGUACAAGUGGAUGAGCAGCACGUGGUCAGGCUCCUCUCGCGUCACCUGGUGUCAGCGCUCUGAUGGACUCAACGUCACAGGAGGAUGCCCCCAUAUCAAUCCUCCAGGGGACGACAACAACUCCUGUGACCCGCCGUGUCAAUUGCCAAUGUCCUUCUGCACUGAGGCUGGCGUGUGUAUGUGCGAGGAGGGCUACACAGAGGUGAUGUCCUCCAGUGGCCAGCUGGACCACUGCACCCCCAUACCCAUUCUGGAGAUCCCCACAGCCGGGGACAAGAAGACUGACGUGAAGACCAGCCGUGCCAUCAACCCCACCUUGCCUGCCACUAUACAGCCUGGACGCACCGGACGCACCUGGUACCUGCAGCCCUUUGGACCAGAUGGCAAGCUGAAGAUGUGGGUAUAUGGUGUAACAGCGGGAGCCCUGGUACUGCUCAUGUUCAUAGUGUCUAUGAUAUACCUAGCUUGCAAAAAGCCAAAGAAACCAAAGAGACAGAGGCAAAUGAACAACCGAUUGAAACCUCUCACCCUAGCCUAUGAUGGGGACGCUGACAUGUAGGACUCUGGGGUAGCCUAGUCCUCCAGAGACCUGCCCCACCUGCCGUAAAAACAAAGAGACAUAUCCCAUCAUAGGAAGGACAGGGAUGUUUUCAUCUUGCAGAUCAGAAGAAGAAGACCAACGGCCAUCUUGAAACCAUUUUGGGCCCUCAUGUGUUAAUUGGAGAUAGGAAUUGAGGAAACAUUUCUCCACUUAGACAUAUUUGGGUUUAGUCCAUUUCAAGCAGCAGUUCUCCUUUUCCAUUUUCUUUUGUGAUAUUUCCUUAAACAAACGCCUUCACAGCCUCCACUCACUAUGAGGAAAAUGCCUUUUUUUUUUGUUUUGCCCAUUUUUUGCUUUCAAACGGAAGGGCUGCUGCGAAGAGACAAACUUUCCUGUCUUUGAACAAAAACAGCACAAGCUCAUUUCUUUGCCGUGUUUUUCUGCUCGUCACUGAAACGUUGAGUAGCUGGAGGCUUAGGAUGCACUGGCGGUUCGCACGUUGCCAAAAGUCACCGCAGGGAAGGGGAGGAAAAUCUCCAUGAAAAGGCUUGGAUUCAUUUCCUUUCUGGAUUUUGACUGAAAUCUCCUUCGGUUGCAAACAAAGAGAUACUUUUGGUUUCCGGUUGAUUCCUAGACAGAGGCGUAUCUUGAAGGAUAAACAUAUACAGACCGAGAACACAAGAUGAGAAACAAUCCCUGGUUACUGGAUCUAUUGCCUGUCUCCCUUUUGCUUUGUUUCAGGCACAAUUAUUGCACUAUAUUAGUGCAGCAUGAUAUGCACAUGAUGAGUUAUACGUUGUAUUGCCAUAGAACAUUGCCUCUCUUAAGACACAACCAAAUGCAGUUGGAAACUAAAUGUGAAAAUAAUGGGCAUUUUCAAGGCCAUGGAUACAUGAUAACUGGAGAUGAUGUCCAUAUUCUAUAACACAGGGGGUGUGAAUCAAUAGUAAAUAUGUAUAGAUUUUAUUUUGUCAGAACUCGUUUUGUUUUUGGUCCAGUAUCUUUUGUGGUCUAUAUACUGUAGUUUGUUUGGUAUUGUCCCUCUCUCUAUGCCCGAAUGAAAUUGAACAGACGACUUAAAUGAGGACCAUUGAUUCUGUUCUUGCUUACAAUGAGAUAUUUCCAAUGGUUUAAAUGUUCUAAAUAUGAAACAUAGCCCAUAUGUACAUGGAAGAUAAAUGGGUAAAUGGAUUUUCUUAUUUUUUAGAUAACUUGUUUCGCAAAAAACAAAACACUUCUAAAGCUAAAAUGAUGUGUGUGACUACUAUUGUAUUUUUAUCUCAUUUCUAAUGUCACGCAACUCUAACUUCUGCCUUAUUGUGUCAAUGAUCAACUAUAUACAGUACCAUAUACAUUCAUGAAACCAACAUAUUUAAUAAUGGGUGCAGCACAGGUUUAAACUGUAUUUCAUUGAUUCAUGGGAUGAAUGACUGAUGAAUUUGGUGAUUGAUGAAUUUCGAUAGAAGUUAAACGAUACCAUUUUCUAGGACAAAAGGCUCUAGGAACAAGACUAUUUAAAUGUCCUUUUUUCACAAUGACCCAUAUCAUAGGUGCCCUUAGACAUAUUAUAAUGAUGCAGUCGUUCUCCCGGCGUACAAUAUCACAUCAUAUAUUCUGUAUAUAUAUAUAUAGAGGUCCAUCUAAGCAGCCGUCAUCACAGUACAUGAAUACAGAGGAAAUAUGACGCCGUUGUUCUACAGUGGCAGAAUGCGACCAGUCUGCCUGAUUGCUGGAAGAGCAGCUGAUGAGGAGAAUGUUUACUUUUUUUUUGUCAGUUUUCCUUUUAAAUAUUUUUUGAAUUUUUGGAGAGAGAGAAAAGAUCAACAUAUGUGUACAUUUAUUUUGUAUUGCUCACAAAUGUUUAGUUUGAAUAUUGCAAAAUGGGUGUAUGCUAUUACUGAUGGUGGUUCUCUUGAAGCAAGCUGUGUGUUGUACAAAAAGAUAAGACUCCGUCAUUUUGUAGAGAUUGUAUCGGAAGUAUUACUAAAAAUAAAUGAAGAAAGUGUUAUAAACAUACUAAGUUACAAUGAA